AUGACCGUCGCCGCCCGAAUGCACGAUCUUGGCACCGAAAGCGCCUUCGAGGUGCUGGCCAAGGCCCGCGCCCUGGAGGCCCAGGGCCGCGAGAUAAUCCACCUUGAAAUCGGUGAACCUGACUUCGACACGCCUCGGCACAUCAUAGAGGCCGGGAUGGCCGCCAUCAGCGACGGGUUUACCCACUACGGCCCCACCGCCGGACUGCCGGAGCUGCGGGAGUCCAUUGCCCGCAACAGCCGCGAGGUGCGCGGCACCAACACGGAGCCCGAAAACGUGGUGGUUACUCCCCGGUGCCAAGCCGAUCAUGUUCUACGUCCUGCUGGCGCUGGGUGA